AAUGCACGUCGUACUCAUUGGAAAGCUUGUAAACAACUUUAAUGAUGGACGAAAUGAGACCACUUCCUCAUGGUUUUCCUGGGAAACGACACACCGACAGCUAAAUACCUGUUGCAGUUUGUGGAACAUUCGGUAAUGAAGACCGGUAGGGCUACCUUUAAGGUCAUGCCUCUUCUAGGGCACCAUCACGGCACUCCUAUUGAGAGACACUCUAUGAAGAAAAACCUGUGUGGGUGGACAGCAAACAGAGAACCGGUGCAGAAGACACAAAUAACAAGCAGCCACGUCCACUCAUUCGCCCUUCGUCUGCAGACCUGCUGCACGGUGUGUGGUCGAACCACUGUCCUCCCAAAUGUGAGCCCAGAGUGUCUCACCGCCGCGCCCUGCAUAGCCAGUCCACUACUUGAGUUUCACACACGUUUCUCUGCCGGUUACACGGCGCAGACCCGGACGAAGAUUGUGUCUCCAAAAUAUGCUGAAGGUGAUAGGGACCAUGGCUCUGUCUACUAAUAAUUCAGACACGAUCCCGCUCAGUAUCUUGGCAAAUUUGUGAAUACCUAGAAAACCGUUUGAGUGAAAGAAUCUGCGAAAGCUCAGUGUAAACUACAGUCGCAUUGAGUGUGUCACAAUAAAGUAGAAUACUACACCACUGAUCUCGGGAUACAUUAAAGAUUUACCAGUUCGUUUAUUGACAUGCAGCACCACUUGGAUGUAGGAAAAUACGGUAACGAUACCUGUAAACAACAGUAAAAAGUCGUUCAUUAUGCGAUUACAACGCCAGUGUCAAAAGUUUUGAGCCUAUAACAUUGAGUGCAUACUUGGAAUGGGGAGGCGAAAAAAACCGCAAAGCGAUAUAAAACGCAAGCAAAUGUACAACUAACUGUAUCCGAACGUUCCGUGGGGCAAAGAUGCUAUACAAACACGUCCACGCCAAAAGGAGAUAUAAAUAUAUAUUUGUGCGAAAGUUCCACAACACACGUCCUGGAAAUGGAGGCACCGAGUUUAAUUCCUAAAUUGCUCAACCUGGAAAUACCUGGGUACACCAUAGCUUGCAACAUUCGGAUAAAAGGGCGACAUGAUUUAUUAUUGUAUUAUGCAGCAUUGUUUACCACGGAGGUGGGCGCUGAAUCUUUUUCUUAAGAAAGAAGACACAGAUAUCAGUCUGUUAAAAGGAGAGUUAAACGUACUAAUGAAUUUAGACCCUUACAGUGGUUCAGAACGGUUCAAAUGGCUCUGAGCACUAUAGGACUUAACAUCGGAGGUCCUCAGUCUAAUAGAACCUAGAACUACUUAAACCUAACUAAUCUAAGGACGUCACACACAUCCAUACCCGAGGCAGGAUUCGAACCUGCGACCGUAGCAGGCGCGCGGUUCCAGAUUGAAGCGCCUAGAACCACUUGGUCGAGCCGGCCAGUAAAGUUUAAUCGUGCCUAACCUGAGACGUUCACCGAGGAAACCGAUUUCUGCAUUACAUGUACAUUGCUUCCGAUGAGGUGUCACGGAUCUGUAGAACCUGAGAUAAGGAGGAAGAAAAUUUUUCUCAGAGGUGCCACGAGCUUGCAUUUAAAUAGAAGUCCUGUAACUUUAGGGCUGAAAGACGUUUGUUGCUUUGCCAGUUUUUUUGCUAUGACAUAAAUAAACCAUCUUUAGACUGAGAACGAUAACAUUUUUAGAAGGUGAAAGCAGUCUAUCGUAGCACCGCGCUGGUAGUUACAAACUUUAGGUGAUCACGAAGCAGUACGGACCCUUGUCAUUUUAAGGAAACUGGUGACGUUGCAAUUGAUUUAGGGUGUACAACACUUUAACAGCUGUUGUUUCAUAAAGGUCUGCAUGCGCCUCGUACAAGUGUUGAGGGUGCAGUGCGAGGGCUGCUCAGUGGCACUGUGUUUCAGGACCACCCACCAUGUCGGCAGUUACGGAGGUUCACAACACCACAACCGAGGCCCUGGCCGCCCUGGUAGACGGGGGUGAAGGCGCCCUGGUGACGCUGGUGGCGGGCGAGAUGAGGGUGGCGGCUCACAGGGCCGUGUUGGCAGCCGCGAGCCCCAUCUUCGCAGCGAUGUUCGCGCACGACAUGCCGGAGGCCAGCAGCGGCCAGGUGAGCGUCGACGACGUGGAGGGCCCGGUGCUGAGGCUCCUGGUGGCCUACGCGUAUACCCUGCAGGCCCCCCAGCUGCCCGACACGGCCGCCCAGCUGCUGGCGGCGGCCGACAAGUACGGCUUGUCGGCCCUGAAGGCUGCCUGCGAGCGGCAGCUGAUCUCGCAGUUGGCCGUCGAGACCGCAGCGGCGACGGCCGUCACGGCAGUGAGGCACUCGUGCCCGGACGCCACCAGGGCUGCCGUCGCCUUCAUAAAGGACCACCCGCAGGUGAUGGCCACGCGGGGCUGGGCGGACGCUGUGCUCGAGUACCCGCAAGAAGUCAUUGAAGUCUGCAGUAUGCUCGGAGGGCCACCAGCAGAAGCUAGCUCGCCAACCGCCACAGGGGGCGGGCCCACCCCCAACUCUGACCGUCAACCCCACAGCGGCCACAGCCGGACUCCUGCUGCAGCUGCGCCUCCCACGUCUGCCCGACACACCCCUCCACCUGAUGACGCAGCCGUCUCUCGCUUCCGGAGCCUUUCUGGGGCAGAGCGAGGCUGGAGGCUGAUAGAGGCGGCUGAGGAGGGGGCGGUGGAGGAGGUGCGGGCGUUGCUCGCGGCUGGGGCGGACGUGCGGGAGAGGGACGAGCGCAGGCGGACCGCCCUGCACUGGGCUGCACGGAGAGGCGACGCGGCUGUGGUGCGGCUGCUGCUCUCUGCGGCGUCCGACCCCAACGCCAGGACUCCGGGGGGGUGGACGCCGCUGCACUGCGCGGCAUACUGUGGCCGCACAGAAGCGGCGGCUGCGUUGCUGCAGGCCGGAGCCGACAGGGGGGGUGAGGGCUAAUGACGGGAGCACCCCCCUGGACAUCGCCAGUCGGCAGAACGGUCAGCAGCUCGUAGAGAUGCUAACACAGAGUUAAUACGCGCCACUAGAGGAAAUGACAUCCUCUACUUCAUUG